AUGACCUGCCCGUUAACAUUGAAGUCAAGGAAAUCCCUACUCACCCGCUACUGUAAUAACCUGAAUACAAUCGCUGGUAGAUACGAAACGGACACCUCGCUGCGGGAAGCUCAACCCAAUGCAAAGGAAAUUAUAGAAUUCACAAUAGAGCUAAAAGAAUCUAUCCGCUUAGCAAUGGCCCAAAUCGAUCGUUUAGUGGAUGCACUCGAUGAAAUAGAAGAACCAUUAACUGUUGAGCAAGAAGAGCAAGCGGAAGAGUACAUGAACAAGGCCCAUAACGCGGUGGAAAUGCAGAAAAACUCGCCAUGA